AUGGAACAACAAUUAUCCUUACUGUUACUUCAUAGCCCCAAAGGAGCAAGUAAUGAAGAACCCUUGAUCGCUUCUGUUCCAUCCACUAAACACCACCAUGGACGAACCUUCGUCAAGCUCUUCGUUUACAUCUUUCUAAUCGCUCUCGCUUACUAUUUCAUCAUCUCCAGUUUCGCCGUUCCUCCAAUUUUCCUAGUUUUGCCGGAAUCUGGUUCCGGAAAAGUUUCAUCAACAAAGUGUGAUCUUUUUACUGGAGAUUGGAUUCCGGAUCCAAAAGGUCCUUCGUACACGAGUUUGUCCUGUAAUCACAUUCAAGAUUUUCAGAAUUGUAUGUUGAAUGGACGACCAGAUGUGGAUUAUCUCUUCUGGAGAUGGAAACCUCGUGAUUGUGAUCUCCCUAGGUUGAAUCCAUCGCAGUUUCUCCAUUCCAUGAAGAACAAAUGGUUGGCUUUUAUCGGCGAUUCAAUCGCUCGUAACCAUGUCCAGUCCCUUAUCUGCAUUCUCUCUCAGGUUGAAUCAGUGCAAGAAAUCUACCACGACAAGGGAUAUCAAUCCAAGAUAUGGAGAUUUCCUUCUCACAACUUCACGCUUUCAGUCGUUUGGGCUCCAUUUCUUAUCAAAUUCGAAACAGUUGGCAGCUCGGAUAUCCAGCUUUACCUCGACCAGCUCGAUCACAAAUGGACCGACCAAUACUCGAAUUUCGACUAUGUUGUUAUCUCAGGAGGCAAAUGGUUCCUCAAAACAACGAUUUUCCAUGAAAACAACGCAAUCACAGGCUGCCAUUACUGCAAAAGCAGCUACAAUCUAACCGAUCGCAGCUACACGUACUCCUACCGCAAAACAGUAAACCUAGUCCGUAACUUCAUCCUAAACUCAACCCACAAACCACUGGUUCUGUUCCGUACCACGACACCUGAUCAUUUCGAAAGCGGAGAGUGGAACACUGGCGGGUAUUGCAACAGAACGACGCCGUUUAAACAAGGCCAGGCAAGACCUAAAACCGUCGAUGCUGAGAUGCAUGAGAUUGAGCUCGAAAUGUUACAGAACCCCCGGGAAGGUUCCGGUUCCAACAUUAGACUAUUAGACACGACCGCGAUGUCUCUUCUCCGACCAGACGGCCAUCCUGGACCGUACCGGCACCCGAAUCCUUUUGCUGGAGUGAAUGAUAGGAGGAGGGUUCAGAGAGACUGUCUCCAUUGGUGCUUACCCGGUCCAAUUGAUUCAUGGAACGAUCUUAUGGUUGAAACCAUACUGAACCGGGAACAGUUUUUCUGA